CGGCUCAGGUGCACAAAACCGCGAGGGGGCCAGCCCUGCCGUGUCACCAUGUCCCUCCUGGGCCCGCUGCUGCUGGCCCUGGCCCUGGUGGCUGUGCCGGGUGCCCAGGGCACCUGCCCGGUGCCGGCCGACCUCAAGGGCGAGGAUGGGACUCGCACCUGCGCCAAGCUCUACGACAAGAGCGACCCCUACUACGACAACUGCUGCCGGGGCGCCGAGCUCUCGGUGGAGCCGGGCGCCGACCUGCCCUUCCUGCCCUCGGGCUGGGCCAACACGGCGUCCUCGCUGGUGGUGGCGCCGCGCUGCGAGCUCACCGUGUGGUCCCGCGCGGGCAAGGCCGGCAAGACGCGCAAGUUCUCCUCGGGCUCCUACCCGCGCCUGGAGGAGCUGCGCCUCGGGAUCUUCGGGGACUGGUCCAACGCCAUCUCCGCGCUGUACUGCAGGUGCUACUGAUCCCGGAGUCUCCCACUGCAGCCCCCACCCAGCCCCGGCCUCAAGACCCAGGAGGAGGGCGCCUUCAGCCCGCCACCCGCCACCCUGUCUGCAAUACAGCCCUUGACAAGUU